UACUUCUCUUUUUACUAAUUGCCUAGAGGCUUCGAUCGACAAUUAUCGAAUACAUAAAUAAACGUCACGAUAGAUGGGAAAUUGUCGUGUCUCUCAUAAGACUUAAAUUAAUAUACAAUUGAUAUUUAUCAAGGAUUUCUUUGUACUUCUCGUCAGGCAGGAUUAUCAAAGUGAAAAGAAGAGAGAAAAAAAAAUGAUUCCACGCAGUGAAGAUUCGUGGUUAAGUGGCCAGACAUCGUCAAUAGUCGCCGCAUCCGGCAACGACACCAAUCAACUGCUGCUGCAUAGAUGUGACGUUGCCGAGACGAAGCGGCUGACCGCCUGGAAGCGGUAUCGCUACCUCGUGGAAGCAAUGGAGUCCAGGGGUCAGAAGUUUAACCAGAAGCUCAUGCUCGAAGCUAUGUUUCGCGGCAAUAACCUUGUUUAUAGUGCAACCGAUAAUUGUAAUGUGUCUUGAGUUUUGUAAUAAGAAUUUUAGUGAAUUUAACGUUGGGUCUUCGGA